AUGUGGAUCAUAUGGACCAAGCUGCUUCCAAGUGCCGCCUGUGUUAAGCUUUAUCUGUGCUCAAACCCUGCAGACAGCGUGGUGGAGCGCAGAGCUCUGAGGGAGGUUGUGUUCCCCAAACUACGAGAGCAUUGCAGGCACAACCUGGGAGUGGACUUCAGGGUGAUCGACCCACAUGAGUCCAUUCAUCGCAGCCACUGGCCAUGUGAAAAGACCAGAAAGGAGCUGAUAGAAGAAUGCAGAGAAAGCUCUGCUGGGCCCUUUUUACUGGCUUUGAUAGGACAUGAGUAUGGCAAGGCCAGUUUUCCUGCCCAGGUGGAGGUGCCACAUUUUCACCUGCUGCUGCAACAGAUCCAACAAAUGGGCCUCAGCACCAGGGAGCUGGAGAGAGUCUACUCCAGAGACGAGAACACCGUUCCACCGACCUUCUGCUUGAGACGCCCGUGCGUGCCUCAGGAGGAGACUCACAUGGAGGAUUUGGUGAACGUGUUUGCAACUGCUGUUAGUCUGUGUGUGCGCAAGAAGCUUCUGACUGAAGGUGAAGGCCUUGCUUUUAGCAGAUCAGUCCUUGAUAGCGAUCUACGCUUUGCCCUGGACAACCGUCCUCGUGAUGAUGUCAUCAGACGCUGCCUUGUUUACGUUCACAAGAUCACCAAUUUAAUGGUGGAACAAGAAGCUCGCGGGAUGGACUGCUUUGAGCAAUUCUGGGAGGAAAGUGACUUCUGGACAACUUGGACUGGUGAACCAGGCACUGACUUCAUGUUGUCUCGCCCUCUACGUCCGCCUACUACAUGCUCAUGCAUCACUUUGGUCUUCAGAUUCAGAAGUGUCAGAGUCACAUCUUCCUGGCAGCGUCCAUUCAUCUAUUGCUGUCUUGCUGGAUCACUUGGAGAAUAAAUAUUCUUCCUCGGUG